AAUCGGAGGCCGGCGGCCCCACAAUGCCAGGCGGGGGAGCCCCUUUCUCAGCAGCUCUCCACAGCAUCACCGCCUCGCCUCACUGAAAAGGACUGAGAGGAGAGAAAUGCAAAGGGAUGUAAGAUGGCAGAGCUACAAAUGCUAUUAGAGGAGGAAAUCCCUGCCGGUAAAAGAGCCCUUGUGGAAAGCUACCAGAACCUGUCCCGGGUCGCGGAAUACUGCGAGAACAAUUAUGUCCAGGCUCAAGACAAGAAGAAGGCCCUGGAGGAGACCAAGGCCUACACCACCCAGUCUCUGGCCAGUGUAGCCUACCAGAUCAAUGCCUUAGCCAACAAUGUGCUGCAGCUACUGGACAUCCAGGCCUCGCAACUACGACGCAUGGAGUCUUCCAUCAACCACAUCUCCCAGACUGUGGACAUUCAUAAGGAGAAGGUGGCACGUCGAGAGAUCGGAAUCCUAACGACAAACAAGAACACGUCUCGCACCCACAAGAUCAUCGCCCCGGGUAACAUGGAGCGGCCAGUGCGCUACAUUCGGAAGCCCAUCGACUACACGCUGCUGGACGAUGUGGGGCACGGCGUCAAAUGGCUUAAGGCCAAGCAACACGGGAACAAUGCAGCAGGACGAGGAGGGACACUUUCCAGGACUAACCCACCUACACAGAAACCCCCGAGCCCCCCGAUGGCUGGCCGUGGCACCUUGGGGCGUAACACUCCCUACAAGACACUGGAGCCGGUGAAGCCUCCGGUGGUGCCUAAUGACUACAUGACGAGCCCGGCCCGACUGGGCAGCCAGCACAGUCCUGCACGCACAGCCUCCCUCAACCAGAGACCCAGGACACACAGUGGAAGCAGCGGUGGCAGCGGCGGCAGGGAGAACAGUGGAAGCAGUGGGGUGGGUAUACCUCUGGCUGUUCCCACCCCGUCCCCUCCCAGCAUGGGGCAAGUGGCGACAUCCUCAGCCUCGGUUCCUCAGGGUCCCGGCUUGGGCCCAAUCCCCAUGUCCCAGUUUGGCACAAUCUCCCGCCAGAUCUCCCGUCACAACUCUUCCACCACUUCGUCGGCCUCCAUGGUGUCAGCCACCGGCACAUACCGCCGCGCACCCUCCGUCUCCUCCCAGCAGCCCCACAUCAAUGGGGGUCCAGGUUACCAACAAAACUCAGUGUCUGUGGCCCCGCCUCCUCCUCCCAUGGUCCAGCUGACCCCACAGAUCCCUCUGACCGGCUUUGUGGCCAGAAUGCAGGAGAGCAUAACAGACAGCCCAGCUCCUCCUCCUCCUCCCCCACCAGAGGACAUGGCUGUGUUUGAGGAGCCCUCCCCCCCGCCUCCUCCCCCACCUGUGGAUUACGAGGAAGAGGAGGCAGCGGUGGUUCAUUACAGCGAUCCCUACGCUGACGGAGACCCCCACUGGGCUCCCAAAGCUUAUUUAGAGAAAGUUGUGGCCAUCUAUGACUACACCAAGGACAAAGAGGAUGAGCUGUCCUUCAUGGAAGGAGCCAUUAUCUACAUAAUCAAGAAGAACGAUGACGGCUGGUUCGAGGGCGUCUGUAACGGUGUCACUGGACUCUUCCCAGGAAACUACGUGGAGUCGAUCAUGCACUAUGCUGACUAAAAAAACAAAACAAAACACACACACAAACAAAAAGGCACUGCAUUUUUGAACUGAUAUAAAACCGUGAAGAUGUACAGAUGUAUGCAGUGCAACAAUAGCAGUUUAUACAGCUCCUAUUCUGAAUGAAGUGCCAUGGUGAAGUCUUAGGAGUUUACAAGUGGUUUUAUUUUGUUUGUUUCGGGGGGUGGGGUGGGGGGGGGACAUGCACGGUUUUGUUGUGGUCCAAAAAAAAAAGUGUCGCACAAAGACUGAGGUUGCUGAAGCUUUGGAAGGUCGGGUCUGUUAGUUUACACUGUGGAUGUCAGGGAGGAGGAAAAUGUCUUAUUCCCCAAGAUUAUCACAUCUGUCUUAGUUAGUAACAGCACAUUUUGCCAAAAGAGAAAUUACACCGCCAUGUGCCAUGCAGGUUUCUCCUGCCAUCUAAAACAUGUAUGCCAGGUUAAUUCUGUGGUCAGUGCCCCUGACCAAGGCAUUGGCGUGGAUCUGGAGGUCUUCUCUGGGCGUCUUUGAUGGUAACCCACUGCUCCUGGUGUGUACUAGGAUGGGUUUAAUGCAGAGGUUGAAUUUAUCUAAGAGGACUAAGUGAACUUAAUAUUUUAUGAAUCAAUCAGUGAAUCAAUCAUACAAGUUUUAUGCAGAUUAAUGCAGUUCAAAGGGUUCAACAGAUGACUGAUGAGCCAAUGAUAAGAACACUGUAAUAGAGUGAGGUAAAAAAAUAGAGCUAAAUAACAAAUAGUAAAAGAAUGAAAAGACCAAAUCCACAAAGAAGAGACUGCGCUGCAUUUGAAUUCUUCUGUAUGUUAAGGACCGAUUUACAGAAGUGUUUGUGCUAAUGAUCAUGGCACAAACAUCCAUAAAGUUCUCCAUCUGAGUGCAAUUUGCCCUUGUUUUUGCUUUGGAGUUUCUACUUUUUCUGGCAUUUCUCCACAUUUCAGCACAAAGAACAGUGAAAUCUGCAGAAACUCAAACAGCCCUUAAAUUGCGGGUCUUUAAUGAGCAGACUGGCCUCCCCACAGUUACAAACUAACUUUAAAGAUUUUUUUCUCUGACUUUGCUUUGUGGUAUUUAGCAUCUAUAACACAAUCUAUUGAAGUGGCCACCAAAACAGGCUCCAGCUACAGAUCUGAAAUGUUUCCGAUUGUCAGAGUCUUAAAAUGAUGUUGUAUGUCACAGAAUAUGUCUGUGAAUUUGCAGAAACAUUAGUAUUGAUGUUCUGUUUGACGUCGUGGUGUCUCCGAACUCCAAAAGAGGCUGUGCUGAUUUACACACAUCAUAGAUCGGUCAUGAUCUUAUAGCCAGUUUCAUGUGCUCUGCCACUUCACUCUGGUCAAAGUGUUUUUAAUAUUAAUGUAACUUAAACUCAGCGAUAACAGGGGGACCGUCCAGAUCCCUCCAAUAUGUGACUGAAGAUUUUGCACUUGAUUUCAUUAAACAUUCAUUCAAUAUCAUUAAAACUUUAUAAACUCAAAGAUUUAAAGAAAUGCAGAUACAGUGAGUCAGAGGUGAGUUUGGCUGGAGUUCAUGGCACAUUUCUGCAGGUAUUAAUUGUAUCCGAUGAACUGUAUGUGGUAAUUUGCACUGUUUUUUUUGCGAAUUAGAUGGUUUUUGCUACAAAGCUCAUGGAAAAGGACAGAUUUUGCUGCUGAAUAUUCACAUCCAUGCAAAAGUCACAGGUCCAACAUGAUAUUUAUCGCCUUAGGAGUGCAGUUUAUAGUGAAUUCUGCCCCUUAUGGGUACUUUGUGAAUUACACCCCGUCAUUUCACCUCAUUUGCAGUGGCUAUCGGCUCCUAAAAACAUGCAGUCCUUUUGUAGAUCUGGCCUUUUAGACAUAUACAACCAAGCAAAUAAAAUAGAAAAAUAAAAAAAUAGAAAAAGUAAAAUCAGCAAAUGCAAAGAAUUAAAAUGACAUGUUGUGUAGUUAUAAUUACAGAUGCUUCAACCGUUCAUUUCCAGUGUAAACCAGCAGACCGACCAUAUUAAAAAAAAGACCAACUCUCCCCUCUUUACAAAAACAUCCGACAUACUGUACCUUAUAAAAAAACAAAACAAAAGAACAAACAUCAUCAAGUGCAUUAGGACACGACUGAAUGUUCGAUGCCGUCGAUGUCCAAAUCACAAGAUGUUAAAGAGGCGGAAAAAAAGGCAACUUUGAGUUGUGUAAUUUACUAUGCUCUGUUUCAGUUGGGAUGGUGAUGGUGUGAGAGGGAUGAUAAAGGGUGGAGUGUGUAAAGAAUGCAUUACAAAAAAAAGACAAAACUUUCUUGUUUCUGGUGGAGUUUCCUUCUGUUCUCUAACUUGUAUAUAAUCUGUAACGUGAGAAGCUGCCAGUACAGUACAUUUGUCAGUUCGUGUGUCACCUGUGAGUUUCCAUCGGCGUCAGUGGGAAGUGAGGUGGUGCCGCGAUUAGAUGGGUUACAUUUGGUUUAUUUGUACUUGAAUAUUAAUUUCAUUCACUCACAGUGCCAUUUCAACCUUAUCUAGGUCGUGUAUAAAUGUGUUUGUUUGGGGUUUUUUUUGUUGUUGUUAUUAUCACAUUGUCAUUAUAUUUUAUAAUGCUGUCCAGCUACUGUAGCAGAGCCGAGACGUGAAGCAGAGGAAGGACUAACUGUUUUAUGCUUUCAGAUCAUUUUCCAUUGUGUUGGAAUAGCUGCACUGAUUAGUUUUAAACGACUGUGAUUAUCUUAUUUUUCUUUUUUUUUUUUAUGUCAAGAGCUGAAUCUGUGUAUCCACAACUAACAUUUACACUUAUCGCCUGUUCUUUCAGUGGUUGCUGGUGUGGUGCUUUACAUUGGUGCUCAAUAACCAUAAUCACCAACCCAAACAACCUCAAGAGUAAAUACGCUCUACAUAGAAAUGUAACUGAACAUAUUAGCCGGUUUAUUUUCUUUGGUCGGAUUCGAUUGUAAUCUUCUCCAGUCAGUUUUGCAACGUAGUGAAUGUAGGUGUACAGGUAGGAUCAGUUUUCGUCUCUUUACAGUCACAGAUUUCUAUGAAUGGCACCUGUGAACCGCAGUGAAGGAAUGAAUUUGCAAUCCUGAGGUAAUAUGAAUAAUGCUGAUAUGAAGUCUUUUUUUUUUUCUUAAUUUUACAACUACAUGCAAAAAAAAAAAAGCCUGCUCUUAAAAACUAGUACUUAUCAGUUUCAUAAACAAACAUAGUCAUGAGUACUUUGGAAAUAAUGGGCAUUGAACACAUAUUCUGCAAAGGAGCAAAAUGGAAUGAAUUCUUUGACCAGAAAUAACUGUUUUCAGGUUUCCACAGUAUCCAUAUCAUCAGUAUCCAUUCAGCCUUUUUUGCAUGAAAGUAUUGAAAUGUCAUUACAGUGAAUGAUUUGCCACAACAUCCCAUUCUUGAUUGUAUUUUGUCCAUCAUGAGGUCAUUUUUGUGAGAACUUUUUCUACCUAACGUAUUUCUAGCUUUGCAUUCGACGUGUUUUUAUGUCUACAUGUGUCUGAUACUGCUGAGGAAGGUUCGAUAGCAGUCGUCUGUAAAGGAAUUUAUUUAUACUUUUUCAUGGAGAAAUCACGAGACAACCACUGACGUGCAGAACCUUGUAAUGUUUGCCACUUAACGUCUAGCAUUUCAGGGCAUCACAGGUCAAGACGCCUUUCGUUGAUGUGUGUUUUCUUAAUGACGAAACAAAAAAAACAAAAAACA